AUGGCCGACCAGCUUACAGAGGAGCAGAUUGCCGAAUUCAAAGAGGCGUUUUCGCUCUUCGACAAAGACGGCGAUGGCACCAUCACCACCAAAGAGCUGGGCACAGUCAUGCGCUCGCUCGGACAGAACCCCACAGAGGCAGAACUGCAGGACAUGAUCAACGAGGUGGACGCUGACGGCAAUGGAACGAUAGACUUCCCAGAGUUCCUCACCAUGAUGGCACGGAAGAUGAAGGACACGGACAGCGAGGAGGAGAUCAGAGAAGCAUUCCGCGUUUUCGACAAGGAUGGAAACGGAUACAUCAGUGCUGCUGAGCUCCGCCACGUGAUGACAAACCUGGGAGAGAAACUGACCGACGAAGAGGUGGAUGAGAUGAUCAGAGAAGCAGAUAUCGACGGAGAUGGACAAGUCAAUUAUGAAGAGUUCGUACAAAUGAUGACGGCGAAGUGA